AUGGAUUCUCUUGACGUGCCACCGAGUCAUCCCCCACCGCCUCCACCUAAGAAGAUAGAUAAACCGAAGAUUACUCUUCAAAUACCUACACCGAAUCAGAUAAGGGGACCAAAUUCAGCAUCAUCAGUAUACUGGGGCCCCACUAAAUAUUAUCCCGGUGCCAAACUACCUCAAACACCAGCUUCCCAUAUAUCCGAUCCUCAUGGAAACCCAUACUUCAACCCCUUCAUGCACAUGUACCACAACAAAGCUUCAGAUUUUAUGUUCAAGCAGUUCGAAGGUUUUAAAGAUUUCACUAUGAAUACAGCGAAGAGUGGCUUAAGUGCUGGAGAAAAAAGUGCGUUCUGGUUCUAUAAUAAAUUGAAACUAUGGUCAAAGAAGUGGUUCACGCAUUUCUUUUUGACUUUGUGCUUAGUGUUGUAUAGUAUUAUGGGUGCUACGAUUUUCAUGGCUUUAGAAGGUCCAAAUGAAGAGAAAUAUGACAAGAAUUUAACGGACGUAAGAAGAGAAAUAGCGACAAGAAUACAAAACGUCGUCAUCAAUAAUCAAAGUCUAGUAAAGCAUAACCAAGAUUUUUUAUCGUUCAUCGAAGAAGACCUGGCUGCAUAUGAGGAGAGCUUCAAAGAGUAUCUGAAACAUGUUAAUAAUAACGAUACAAAAAAGAAGACUUGGGGCUUUUGGAACGCUAUGUUCUACGCGGGGACAAUUUAUACAACAAUCGGUAAAUACAUUUCAUCUCCUUAUUUAAAUUGUAAGCAAAUUUUAAUGAUUUUAAAACAAAAUAUUAUCAUCGUAAACGAUUUUGGUAAUAUAAUUUCAUCCGACAAAGAAAUUAUUCUUCGAAUUACCACCGAAACUUUUUAA